CUCUCAUGAAAUUUGGAUCUGCCGCAAGAAAAAUCUAAGAUUUAUGAUUCAAAGUCAUCCGAUUCAAUUUAAUCGAGAUUAAAAGGAGUUAUUUCACUUGCUAGCUUCAAUUUCAGUUUUCGAAAUCCCUAGCUAUCGAAAUCCCUAAUUUUUCGAUUGCUCUUAAUUUCGAAAUCUGUAAUUGAUUGAAAAUUGUUGAAGAUUUGAAGCUAUUGAUCCAGACUAAUACGGAAAAAAAAGUAAUCUACAAUAGAAUGGAAGAUGAAGAAUUUGCUCCAACUCCUUGCAUUGAUGCAACUCCAACUCCUUGUGUUGAUACAACUCCAACUAAUGCUACUCAAACUUCUAAUGCUCAAACAACAAGAUCCACAUUCACUCCUCGUCCAUGCUACACGCCUAGAGGUUCAAAAGAAUGGAUCCCUUGCUGCCCUCCUGAGUUAAAACCUACUGUGGGUAUGCCUUUUGAUUCUCUAGUUGAUGGUAUUGAGUUUUAUAAAGCUUAUGCUCGGUUUUGUGGUUUUGUGGAAAGAUUGGCUACUGAGAAAAAAGAUAAGGAUGGUCAUGUUUACUUGAAGUACAUUUAUUGUAAUAAACAAGGAUUUAAAGAAGAUGGUGAGAGUAAAACAAAGAGUAAACCUAUAACAAGCUCUAGUUCUCGUAAAAGAAGUGUAAAUCGUGCUGGUUGUCAAGCAAGGAUAGGUUUGAGAAAACGUAGUGAUGGAAAAUUCAUGGUAUAUCUUUUUCAUGAAUCGCAUAACCAUGUAUUUGCCACUCCCAAAAGCAUGCAUUUUCUUAAAAAUUCUCGAAACUUGACUCUUGCUCACAAGAAGUUCAUAUUUGAUAAUUCAAGAUUGAAUGUUGGACCAAACAAAUCUUUUAGAUUGAUAAAAGAGCAUGUAGGAGGAUAUGAGAAUGUAGGGGCGUCAUUGGUUGAUUUUAAGAACUUCAGUCGAGAUGUUAAAGCUUACAUACAAGAUGUUGAUGCCGACAUGUUUGUAAAUAAUUUCAAAGAAAAGGCAACCAGUAGUGGUGGAGGGUUUUUCUUUGACUAUUGUGUGGAUGAAAAUCGACAUUUGACUAGAGUUUUUUGCGCGGAUGCCAUUAGUAGGAAAAACUAUUCUCUUUUUGGUGAUAUGGUAUCAUUUGAUACAACUUUUGAUACCAAUAAAUAUUGUAUGGUUCUUGCCCCAUUUACUGGAGUUGAUCAUCAUGGAAAAUGUGUUACUUUUGGUAUGGGCCUACUUGCAAAGGAAGAUAUAGAAUCUUUCGUUUGGUUGUUUGAAUGUUUUUUAAAAGCUAUGGGUAAUUGUCAACCUACUUGUCUCAUUACUGAUCAAGAUGCAGCAAUGAAACAAGCAAUUGAAAAAGUUUUCUCUAAGACAAUUCAUAGACUUUGCAUGUGGCAUAUCAUGAAAAAAGUGCCGGUAAAAGUAGGUCCAGAUAUGUGUAGAACAACGAAGUUUCUUGAGAAACUGAAUGCUGUUGUUUGGGAUAGAGACCUUGAGCCAGAUGAAUUUGACAAAGGGUGGAAUUCUGUGAUGCGUGAAUUUGGCUUAGAAGAUGAUGGGUGGUUUACUGAUAUGUUUAACAUAAGACAUAUGUGGAUCCCUUCUUAG